AUGUUUGUUGUUGUUGUUGUUGUGGGUGAGGAUGAAGUGGAUGAGUCUGGAGGUGAUGUUGGAGAGUUGCUGGUUGGCCUUGUUGACAUAGUCAUCAUGGACAAGGGCACCCCCUUCGUCUGGUGGUUGGAUUUCAAGGACUGUAAAUGUAUGCGGCUAAAUCCUGAUGUUCCUGUCUGGGUCUCCAAACAGCGCAUUCUCUGUACCUUGAACCACAGCCUGAAGGAUGUUCUGAACUAUGGGCUCUUCCAGCCAGCCUUCAAUGGCAGGGCUGGAAAGUUCCUGGACGAGGAGCGACUGCUGAGGGAAUACCCUCUGAAUCCAGACACUCCUGUCCCCUACCUGGAGUUUCGGUACAAGAGGCGUGUGUACACCCAGAGUCUGCUGGAUGACAAGCAGUUUGCCAAGCUCCACACAAAGGCAAAUCUGAAGAAGUUCAUGGAGUACGUGCAAAUGCUAAAUGUGGAGAAGGUCUGCAGACUGCUGGAGAAGGGACUGGACCCCAACUUCCAUGAUCCGGACACUGGAGAAUGCCCUCUGACGAUGGCAGCCCAGCUGGAGCACAGUGCCGAGGUGAUCAAAGCGCUGAAGAAUGGAGGAGCCCAUCUGGAUUUCAGGACUCGGGAGGGAAUGACAGCUCUUCAUAAGGCUAUCCGGUGCCGGAACCACAUUGCCCUGAUGACACUCUUAGACCUGGGUGCCUCCCCGGAUUACAAGGACAGCCGAGGAUUAACUCCUUUGUACCACAGUGCCAUGGUUGGAGGGGACCCAUACUGCUGCGAGCUUCUGCUUCAUGACUAUGCCAAGGUGGGCUGUGUAGAUGAGAAUGGCUGGCAAGAAAUCCACCAGGCAUGUCGCUAUGGCCAUGUGCAGCACCUGGAGCAUCUUCUCUUCUAUGGAGCCGACAUGACUUCACAGAAUGCCUCAGGAAACACGGCGCUCCAUAUUUGCGCUCUAUAUAAUCAGGAGAGUUGUGCCCGGGUCCUCCUGUUCCGUGGUGCAAGCAAAGAGAUUCGGAACUACAACAGCCAGACAGCGUUCCAGGUGGCCAUCAUUGCAGGAAAUUUUGAACUGGCUGAAAUCAUCAAAACCCACAAAGAGUCUGACGUUGUCCUGUUUCACAAGGUCCUCCUGAAGGUCAAGAGGUACAAAGCGAAGGUCAUCCUGCCUCACAAGUCUAACAAGGAGCGUUGGUUGCACUCUUUGGAUGUUAGGCGGGCCAUAGCCUUUUACAUCAAGAGGACCAAACCCUUCCGUAAAUCAAUGCAGCUCUUCGUCACAGUGGUGGACACGAUGAAAGAUCUGCCCAUGUCCACUCAGAGAAUCUCCUCGUGGAUCACCACCAUCAUAAAGUUCUCCUACGAGCAAGCAAAGGUGUCACUACCAACUAUCAUGACUGCCCAUUCCACCAGAGCGCAAGCUUCAUCAGCGGCCUUCCUUGUGCAGGUACUGUUCCAAGACAUCUGCGGGACCGCUACCUGGUCUUCGUUCCAUACCUUCUCAUCCCACUGCGCCAUCACCCAGCAGGCCCAGGAUGAUGCCAGCUUCGGCAGAGCAGUGUUGCAAACAGCACAUCCGUGA